AUGGCUGCCUCUGGGAUCACAACCCUGAGUGUGGCCAGUCAUGUAAUGAAAAAGUCCUCUGUGAUAAGAGAGAACAUCAUACGGAAAUAUCAGGAGAUCCAGGCCGUCCUGGAUGAGGACUUGAGGAUUACCUUGUCCCAUCUGGAGAUGGAGGAGCGGGCUGCGGUCUCUGCCCUGGAUGGGCUGAUGGAAAGGAACUGUUCUCUAAUCCAGGAGAUAGAGCAGGACCUGGCCAGACUCACUGUGGCAAUGGACCAGCCUGAAACAGAGCCUGACACAAUGUCUUUCUUUUCAUACCCUGAGCAGCAAGACACAGAGACAGUGGACAGAGUAAUUGAUCUGCUAAACAGGACAGACCCGAGCAGUGUGAGCCUGGACGAAGUUAAAGCUGACCAGAUCCUCAGCCUCACCAACAACAUGCUUCUGCUCAUCAGCUCACAGACCCCCUUAAUGAAGAAACUCACCAAGAGCUAUUCUAGUGAGGUGAGUCUGGAUCCAGAGACGGCCCACCCAAAGCUGAUCAUCUCCCCCCGGGGUGACAGUGCCACCUACACAGACACCUGGCAGCAACUCCCUGACCUCCCCGGACGCUUUGACACCACCCUCAAUGUCAUCAGCUCGCAAGGCUUCAGCUUUGGUCGCAAUUACUGGGAGAUUGAUGUAACUGGGAAGACUUACUGGGAGCUUGGUGUCACCUAUCCAAACAUUCCCCGCAAGGGCACCACUGAGGACUGCUGGCUGGGCCGGGGGGACGAGUCCUGGUGUGUGGAGUUCUUUGAUGGGGAGUAUACAGCCUGGCAUGGAGGGGUGCCCCAUCAGCUGCCUUUCACAAAACAUUUCUGUCGAAUUGGUAUUUUGUGUAGUUUCCCUGCAGGAUUGGUGACGUUCCUUGAGGCAGACAAUAUGACACCGCUGUUCUCUUUCUGUGCGGGAACCUUCUCAGACUGCCUCCACUUGGCUCUCUGUCCUGGUCAUGACCACAAUGGCAUCAAUGCUAAGCCUAUUGUAAUCUGUAAUGAUCCAUCCUCUACCAGUGAUCUCUGA